AAAUAAAGAAAAAGAGUUAGAGAACUUGAUUGGGGCGGACAAAUAGUGGAGGGGGCUGAACAAGACAUGAUUGACCCUCUCUCCAUUUUGAUUAGGAGAUAUUUUGAUCACACCCCACAUGCCCACCCACUCUCAAUUAAUUGAAUUUUGAGGCUAAGAAAGAAGCAAGAUAACCUUCCUACCACCUACCAUUCGAACUCCCAAAUAUCAUAGGAGAGGAGAGAGCCACACAACUCAAGAGAGCUAGGAAAGAACAAACUGCCCGCAGGGUUAUUUUCCGGUGCGUAGGGUUGCUUGUUUGAUUCAUAUCUCAAGUUACACUCAUCCAAAUAAAGCGUGUGAGGUAUCUACAGAAAGCUCUCAAGAUAAGGAAUCCGUAGAGGUGCGGUUUGCAUCAAAGUAGUUUAAGGCUUCCAAAUCAUCGAAGGCAGAAGCUACCUCACAUAAACGGAUUUGUUUCUUUAAAGAGUUGAGCUAGCACCUUGAGGAGGCUGUCUAACACUCAAUUCUAAGCAACGAAUCAGUUCUCAAACUUCCUUGGCCGAAGCUUUGAGAAUUGGAUUGAGAAGGAAAGGUUUAAAGCUCAUUUGAGGUUGAGGCUAGAGCUUGCUUCAUGUGCUCGUUGCUUGAGUGAUCAUCUAGGAGGGAAGACUUGGUCCGGGGCGUGACACCUAGGGUUCUAGGGUUGUGUGAGUUUGGAUAGCUUUGGACGUGAGUUUCUUUUGUGACGUGUGGAUUGCGGCGUGUGGAUUGCAGCAUGUGGAUUGCGGCAUAAGAGUGGCAUCGGUGAAGGUAGUGCAACGCACUGUUACGGUCCUGACUGCAGUGAAGCGAGCGAAACGAUCAGACAACGUCGAAGCAAAAUAAUACCUUUGAGGAAGAUUGAUGGCGGAUAUUAGUGAACAACGGGAGAUCGAGAGGUUGGCCAGUGUGUAUGGAAACAUGGAGAUGGAAGAUGGUGAUGAAUUUCUACAGGUAGAGGCUUUGGCACCUGGUAGUGAGGAAAUCGGUUGGGCAUUGGUAGGGACAAUCACUUCUGAAAAAUCGGUACGUUUUUCCUCCUUUCGUGAUACCAUGGCAAAUAUCUGGAGACCAGUCAAGGGUGUCGCUAUUACUGAGUUAGGAAAUAAAAGGUACAUGUUUCAGUUUUAUAACGUAAAUGAUAUGAAAAGGGUUCUAGAGGAGGGCCCUUGGAUUUUUGAGCAAAACCUAAUUGUACUGGCCAGGUUGCGGCAAGGAGAUUUACCUCUAGAGGUACCCUUGAACAAGGCUGAUUUCUGGUUGCAAAUUCACGAUGUCCGGGUUGGAUAUUUCUCUAUGAAAAGUGCAAUUAAAAUAGGUAAUUUUGUGGGAAAAUUCAUUAAACUGGAUGAAUAUAACUUUUAAGUCAAGUGGAAUCUGUUCAUGAGGAUAGGGGUUAGUAUCGACCUGAACAGGCCCCUAAAACGGAAGCUAUUGUUGUAGUCAGAUGAAGGGGAUAAUUUUUGUGUCAGGUUUAAAUAUGAGAAACUCCCUAGUUUUUGUUUUGCAUGUGGUAUCAUUGGGCAUGCAGAAAGAUACUACCCACGUUACCCCAAUGGGGUGGGGAAGGAGGGAGGAUUGCCAUUUGGACCGAAACUGAGAGCUGUUAAAGGGGGGAUUUUGCCGAGCGGGAACAAAUGGCUAGUUCCGGUGGGUAAAGGCAAAGAGAAAGAAGGUGAAGAUAGUAAUAAGGCUUCGGAUGGGGACAUCUAUGAGACUCCACAAGAGCAAGAACAUCAUGUUACAAGAGAGAAGUUUGAGCAGAAGCGCAGGAGGGUUGACCAAGGAGUGAAAGAGCAUGUGCAAGAGGGCAUGGAGAUAGAGAGGAGAUUGGCAAAAAACGGGGAGGAAGCGAACUACAAUGCCCAUCGGACAUGCAAUUGAAGCAGGAGGAUAUAGCACGGGUGGAGACUAGAGAAUUCCACCAGUUGCAGUUUUAUUUCUAUUGCAUUUUUUAUUUCAAACUACAUUUACACGUUGUUUUUGUUUCAGACAAUAAGGGGGGUGGGUUUAUGUGUUGCUUGUUUGUUGUUGGUAGACAAAUUGUUGGAGGCAAUCAAGCUAAUUCAGCCACUAAUAGCCUCUAUGCUCUCACUGUUUCAACGAAUAGCCUCACUCUUUAUGGGGUGGACUAUUCUAUGUCUGAUCAUGACGUGAGUGGCUUGAAGGGCUUUUGGUAUGAGUUGGACAGAGGGAAAGCGAGAGUUUGUGAUUGGGGUAUUAUUUCGACGGUUUUGAUCUUAAUAUAAGAGUUUUCCUUCAAAA